AUGGCCAGCAUUUCUUACAGACAAGUGCACCACUCUGAAGGGGAUAGCAGCGACACUGCGCCUUUGCUUCAACGCACUGCCAAAGUCCGGCCGUCGCGAAGGGCCAAGGCUCCCAACUAUGAGAUCCACCAGAAGCAGAGGCCAGCCCCGGAAAUUCUAACCCAGCCGCCCAGGGAGCGUACGGAGACCACUAUCCGAUUGCGGUUUUAUCGGCAGCUCCCCACACCAGAGGCAUGGUGGAUCCCUCGCCCAGCACAGGCUUCCAGUGGUGAAAAGGAAAAUGAAGCAUCCGCAAACCACCGCCAGCCAAAGAAAAUGGGCGACGGGGGACGUGUUCAGCGGGAAUGGAUAAAGCGACUGCGUCCCAUACCUCACCGACGAUACUGA